GUUUAGUUUUGCUGACAUAAGCAAAAGUAACCUGUUUGAAACAGAAUACAUGUUUAUUUAAUAAUAAUGAAUGGUAUAAUGAUUACAUCUAAUAUAAAUGCCAAUAUUGUGCAAACCCGUAUUCUGCUGCAUGUAAUUUGGUCAGCAUCGUGCGCUCGUGUAGCCGAGCUCCCAGUCCAUUCAGAAGAUUAGGAGGGAGUGGUUUGAGUUUGCGCGUUUGGAAAGCAACAAGUGGCAUGUCAUUUGUUUCAAAGGAACUGCGGAACGUGGUGCUUGCGUCACUGCUCCAGCCAGGUGGCAUUCCAAUUGGGGAGAGGAGACGUGGAGGCACAAUCAAAAUUCCAAAUCACAAACUAAGUAAGGAUGUGAAGCGCGCUUAAAGCAAAUUGAAUUCUUACAACUCAACACUGCAAGUCACUGGCAUCAGAAGUCAGGAGAGGAGCAGGAGAAGAAGAGGGUUUAUUUUUGUGUGACAAAUUCACGGACUGAAAAGAAUUCCGAACGAAGAAUCUGGGGGAAAAGGACCAAGGCAAGGGACAUUAAACAUGUCUUCUGCACAAGUAUCGUCAUCUCGGAGACAGUCAUGUUACCUGUGCGAUUUACCCCGUAUGCCGUGGGCUAUGAUAUGGGAUUUUACGGAGGCAGUGUGCAGGGGUUGUGUGAAUUAUGAAGGUGCGGAUCGGAUCGAGUUUGUUAUCGAAACUGCACGCCACCUCAAACGAGCUCAUGGUUUCCAAGGGGGGAGAUCCCCCGGUCCACCACCGCCGCCCACAGUAAAAACACAGUCGGCAAUAUCAGCCAAGGAGACGGUGCAAAUCAGCCAUGUGGAUGGACCCUCUAAACAACAACAGUCGGGGAUGGACCGCUACUCUCUGAGUGCGGAAAGACCUCGCUUUGACUACUCCAGUAUUGGCGCCCAUGCCAGCAGACUUCCCAAUGGAAUGAGCGGUCCAAAUGGGUUCCCCAAACCGGACGAUGGUCCCCCAGAACUGAACCGACAGAGCCCGAACUCCCGUCGGAGCCACGGUCUCGCUGCGGUCCCAGGACAAAUGAACGUUCCCCCCAACCUUCUCCCACAGACCAUGUUGAAUGGACCCUCCUCGGCAACAGCCAUAGCCUCGCAUAGCCUGUCCAGCCGCCCCCCUCCCCCAUCCAUUGUGGGACCCUCUUUGUCCAUGGCCGCUCAGUCCAUGUCAGAACAAGGUAAACGACCAGGUUCUGUGUCGAGCACUGACCAAGAGAGAGAUCUGAAAGAGAAACAGCGUAACGCAGAGGCUUUGGCUGAGCUCAGUGAAAGUUUAAGGAACAGAAACGAAGACUGGGGAAACAAACCUAAAAUAGUAAGGGACACUUUGGUUACUCUUUCGAACAGCUCCCCGUUUGAUGUGAGAUUUAAAAAGGAUCAUUCACUCGUGGGUAGGGUGUUUGCUUUCGAUGCAGUGUCAAAGCCUGGAAUGGACUAUGAAUUGAAAAUAUUUGUCGAGUACCCAAGUGGAUCUGGUAAUAUAUUUUCCAGCGCAUCAGGGGUGGCCAAACAAAUGUAUCAGGACUGCAUGAAAGACUUUGGCAGGGGGCUUUCCUCGGGCUUUAAAUAUUUGGAGUAUGAGAAAAAGCAUGGUUCGGGGGACUGGCGACUCCUCGGCGAUUUGUUGCCCGAAUCGGUCCGAUUCUUCAAAGAGGGGCUGGGGGUUGAAAUGUUGCCUCAGCCCUACAUCGAUGCCAGCUGCCCAUUGCUGCCCACUGCUUUGGUCAACAUCCCUCGUGCCUUGCCAUCUACGAGUGCACCGAGGACUGGCGUACGAAAGCGUAAAGCCUCCCCGGAACCUGACUCUGUAGAGAGCGCGCUGAAACUAUCUGAACAAGAACAGCAGAGGCAGCAGUGGAUGGCCAGCCAGAGCGAGGCGUUAAAACUGACCAUGGCAUCCGGAUCAUUCGGUGCCUCACACGGGGGACCUCCGCCGCUUGGCCCUGGCCACUCUGUUCACUCAAGUCGCGCCACACCCCCUGAAUCUGCUUCCCAGAAUGGACAGUCUCCAAUGGCCGCGCUCAUGUCUGUCGCGGACACGUUGGGCAAUGCGCACUCUCCGAAGGACAACAACUCUGUUCACUCUACAACAUCCACCAGGCAUAACAACAGCAGCCCAGUCUCCCCAGCCUCUGUUUCUGGGCAGAGGCGUUUGGCUUCCCGUAACGGAGAUCUCAAUCUGGCCGGGACUCCCUCUCAGUCCAAUGCGCAUUCUGGCUUGGAUCAGGUCCACGCGCAAAACAUUCCAGAUUCUCCCAUGGCAAACAACGGACCUCUGUGUUGUACCAUUUGCCACGAACGUUUAGAGGAUACCCAUUUCGUUCAGUGUCCGUCAGUUCCCAACCAUAAAUUCUGUUUCCCUUGUUCUCGAGAGAGCAUCAAAGCGCAGGGAGCAACUGGCGAGGUGUAUUGUCCUAGCGGAGAGAAAUGCCCCCUGGUAGGUUCUAAUGUGCCUUGGGCGUUCAUGCAAGGUGAGAUAGCAACAAUAUUAGCUGGGGACGUUAAGGUAAAAAAGGAGAGGGACCCAUAGGUGUGAUCUAUGGCUUCCCAUAAAAACGUGAAUUUUAGUCGAAUAUAUACACGUGUGAUUACUCAAAACGGACAAAAAUAGUCGAUGUACAGAGACGUUCUCCACCUCAUGUCUGUUUUUUUUUUAAACAAAGGAACAUGUGAUGUCAUGUCCCCUAAUGUUAUGGAGGGUGUUUUGACGGGUAGUAGUGUUGUAUUUGGGUGGCAGUGACGAGUUAAAGCACUAACUUUAUAAUCACUGCUGCAGUUUUAUUCCUUCCAAUUAAUGCACUUCUCUCAUUAUAAAAAGGCCAGUUUCUACUCCCAAUGAAUAUAUGUCUGUAAAAUUAAACUACUCAUAGUGAAUAUCCAAUAACAGGUUACAUUGCCCUAACUCCUGUAUUGGGUACAAAUCAAUAUGGGGACUUUUUUUGUUCUUCCUUAUUUUAUUUCAUAUCUUUAAUUUUUUUUUUUUUUUACAGCAAAUAUCUCUUUUCAUCUUGUGAUCAAAAAUAUUUUACUACGUGUUAUUAAUUUCUCUUCCAGAUUGCUUUGAUGAUGCACGGAUGCUUAAAAAGGUAGAGCAAAAUGCUGUACAUGAACGUAAACUGUUUGUUUAUACAUUUCUGUAGUAACAGAAGACUUGUAAUGUGCCUUGGAGCUGAGUAAAUUGUAAUAAAUUCCAUUGAUAUUAA